UGUAUGAACAUAUGUAUGUAGAUUUGUUUAUAUUCACCUGCAUUUUCAACCGGUUUCUUGUGCAUCCAAUUGCCGCUGCUACGGGCGAAGCUGUGGAAAAUUUAAUUGAAAAGCCAAUGCCUUGCAUUUUGCUUUCACUGUCAUUCCCACCAAUUUCGGGCAAAAGAUACACAUUAAACACAAACUUGCACACCACGCAUACAUAGUAAAUUUUUAAUACAACGAUCGCGCCGGCGCCACCUUUUGUCCUCUAAUCGUGAACUGCUACAUCGUAGACAUUGCAAUGAUUUUGCCAUUUCGAUGCGAAUUUGAAACUAGCAAGUGCAAUAGUUAUAAGCGAGAUCUCAACGCAAACGGAUGUGACAUAGUCUGCACUCCUUGAGAUCACAAAAACACGCCUGAGACAUGCAGCUGACAUUUAAAGAAUUGGAUAAAGACAUUGCCGUGCGCAUCGAUGCGCUCUUUCCGAAGAAGGAGUGUUUCAUUGAGGUGCUGCCUGGGCAUGUGGUGCUGCCGCGUAAAUUCAUGAACAUUGCGGAAUCCAUACGGGAAUUGCCGAUUUACGAAGAUGAUAUUUGGAUGAUAUCCUAUCCGCGCACUGGUUCGACGUGGGCACAGGAGAUGGUCUGGUUGCUAGGCAACAAACUGGACUUUGAGGGCGCCAAGCAGAUGCAGCAGUUACGCUCGCCAUUGAUUGAACUGUCGGCGCUUUUUAGCGAGGAUCAUCAUGAAUGGGUCUCAAAUUCAAUUGGCAACACCGUUAACGUUGUACGAGACAUGCCACGCCCACGAUUCGGUCGUUCGCAUUUAACAUGGGAUUUGCUGCCGCGAGGUUUCGACAGUGUGAAGCCCAAAAUUAUAUACACUGCGCGAAAUCCUAAGGACCUGUGCGUCUCCUUCUAUUACUACUGCAAGUUGGUGCAUGGCUUGAAAGGACCUUUCGAAGACUUCCUUGAACUAUUUCUGGAUGAGCGUUCGCCGAUGGGUUCCUACUGGAACCACGCUUUACCCUUCUGGCAGCGCCGUAAUGAGCCAAAUAUUUUAUUUUUAAAAUACGAGGACAUGAAACGCGAUCUGCCGAAAAUCGUGCGCAGUUGUGCAAAGUUUCUCGAUGUCGACUAUCAAAUUACCGACGAGGACUUGACGCGCAUUUGUGAACAUUUGAAAUUCGAUAAAAUGCAGGCGAAUCCUGCUGUCAAUUUGGAGCCUUUGUUGAAGAAUGUCGCCGAUGGGCAGAACAAUAAUAUCGACCACAAUUAUGGCGAUGGAGAGACUAAAUUCAUUCGGAAAGGUGAAAUCGGCGAUUGGAAAAAUUAUUUUUCAACAGAGGCUUCGCAGCGUUUCGAUGAAUGGAUCGAGCGAAAUUGCGAGGGGAGUGAGCUCGUAUUUGAAUAUCAGUAGUUUAAGUAAAUAUUUGGAUAAUAAAUAAUUUCUUUAUAUCCAGCGUCUAGUACGUAAAAAUAUAUGUAGUACUUACAUAUUUGUAAUCGCGCAUUAAAGUACGUAAUAAUGAACGGAGCAAAAUUUACAAAAUAUUAAUUUAAAAAUUCGGUGGCACCAAUGUAUGUAGGAAAAAAGGGAAAGUAAAAUUUUAG